UAUUCCUGGGUUCCCACGUUAAAUUGACCCGAAAAUUUUGGACUGAGAUAGAUUGACACGAAAAAAAGUGACGGUUGGCAAAUUGACACGAAAAUAGGUACCGGUUGGUAAAUUGACACGAAAAAAUAUUCCGCCGCACGUUGCCUGGCGAAGGCCAGCAGCGGCGCAGCCUCAAGUUCCAAAAAAUUCAACCCCAGCUGCAUCGCUGCACCGCCGGGAAACCCAACGGUCGCGCUCCCUCAUCGCCGCAUCCGACACGGAGCGAGGGGAUGGCGCGCCUUGCGCGAGGCAGAAUCCGCUACGAGCGGUAUGAUGAGUGCAUGCUGGUUCUUCUGCUUGCUGUGUUGUGUGCGCUAGCUGGAGAGGAGGACAUGUUCCUCGUGAUGGCCAUGUUUGGCCUAGCAAAGCUGGAGGCGUAUGAAGAACUGAUAGCCCCAACGAUCCUGGAGGGUGUGUGCCCGAUGUACAAUUUCUUCGAUGCAAUUGGAGGCUUGGACUUUAAGGAGCUCUUUAGGUUCGAGAAGCCUCACUUCCGCGAGCUGCUGCACGAGCUGCAGCUCCCUGAGGAGAUCGAAAUUCACAGGGGAGGGUUUGGAGUUUCCAGGGUUCCUAUCGACCUUGCGCUGGCGGUGACGAUCUGGCGCCUGGCAUGUCCGACGACGCUGAUCCGGGACCGGCUCUUUUGGGGGAUAGCGGAACAGAUGAUAUGCGAUAUCUUCAACCUCACCAUCGAAGCGAUCUUUGAUCGCUGGGGUCACCUGGUAAACCAGCUGCAACAUGAUGCAAUUCUAUCAAAGAUAGAUAUGUUCUGUCAGGCAAUUCAUGAGAAAGGUACCCCGCUCACGCGUUGUUGGGGCUCUAUCGACGGCACUAUUCGCGCGAUCUCGCGACCUAAGCGUAGUCAGAGAUUGUGGUACAAUGGUCGGAAGCGAAAGCACGCGUUGAAGUAUCAAGCGAUCGACACCCCCGAUGGGAUAAUUCGCAUGCUUUGGGGUUCCAUACUAGGGCGUCGCCACGAUGUCGCCAUGGUAGGGGAAAGUGGUCUGCUGCAAGAUCUGCAGCAGUGGUUCAACGACGCAGCAGGCACCCCUUACUACGUAUUCGGCGACCCUGCGUACAGCCUUUCGCCCUGGUUGCUGGCGCCGUACAAGGGGGUUUUAAACGCCUUCGAACAGACCUUCAACACCGCAAUGAGCUCCGUCAGAGUCUCGGUUGAAUGGGGGUUCGGAAAAAUCGUGGCCCUCUGGCCGUACGUUGACUAUGCCAAGAAGCAGCAGGUGGCGCUCAGCGCUUGCGGGCUUGGUAAACAGUAUGCGGUCGCCGGCAUUCUGACGAAUUGUCACUCGUCCUUCUACCGCAACAACACUUCUUUCUACUUCGGUGUAAAACCCCCGUCGCUUCGCAGCUACCUGAACGGCGAAGGGUAGAGUGUGGGUUGAUAGGCUGUAAGUGUCAGUGGCAUGGGGUGGUGGUGGCUUAGGUCGGGGGCGCUGGCAGAAGGUGCCGCUGAGACUCUAGUAGCAACGAAGGGCAUGCUCGCUGAUAUGUUUGCAGAGAAGCUGAAAGCUGAUGCGGAGGUCAUACUUGAGAAGGGUGAUCACGUCUUCAAGAGGGCUGCGUUCGUCCACAGGCUCGGUUAGCUGUACCACGUGAAUAACGGGAGUAUUGAACUUCAUUCAAAUGUGCUCCAUCACCCAACGCGGUGCGCUGAAACGCACUGCCCGUCUACAGCAGCUCAACCACGGCAUCACGCCUGAAGACGUAGUCCUGAAUACUUUCGCUUGGCCACUCUCGAGAUGCACGUGACGAUAAACCUAUCGUGAACCCUGUGUUUGAACACUGCAUGUCAAGAAACAUGACACCCGACUGGCUACCAGUGAUGCACCACAACCCGAAUCCCGUCUAGCAACAACAAGCAAGGGACAGACUCAAACCGAGGCAGCCACGAACGAAAAUUUGCAUGCCCUGCGUCCACCACGAGGCGGCGGGUUGUUCUUGCGGCCCUCAAUUGGCAGGGCCGGAGUAGCGGUAGACAUACGUGACGUUUGUUUCGCGUCGGUAGUAGCGUCUCAUCGGAGCAACCAUAGCCGGCAUGAAGCGAAGAUUACAAAUGUCUACCGCUACUCCACAAUCGGAAGACAGCAAUGGCUAAGAAGUGCAGAAACACCAAGGCGAAAACGAAAGAAACAAUACAGGACGCAAGCAACCCACGGUACCAUGCAGUGACGGAGUAGCGGUAGACAUGUGUGAUGUUUGUUUCAUGUCGGUAGUGACCUCUUCACUGGGGAAGCUAUUGCCGGCAUGAAGCAAAGAGCGCAGAUGUCUGAUGGUACAUCCGCCACCGGCAUAAGGCAGCGAGCUAAAAUACAGAAACAUCGUAGAAGAAAGGACAAAGAAAGACAAGAAGACAAACGCAAACAUUACAAAGGGGAAAAAAAUAGAAAUAUAACUGCAAGAAGUGGGGGGUGGGCGGGGGCGAAGCCAGUCCGUUCCAACCUUGUAACAGAGUCAGCCGUGAGCCAUGGAUGAAGGCAGGAUGACGUUAUAGCCGCUCCCCCCGAGGCACAACAACACCAAAAAAAAAAUCCGGCAACCACGCCGCAGGGGCAACAGCCGGUAUGUGUAUGUUGGGGGUGGGCUGGGGGGUGGGGCGGGAGAUUCAGGGUCUCCAGGAGACUCUCCCCUUAACACACGAAGAAAACACGCAUUAGGGAACAGGAAUGUCGAGGACGCAGGUGUGGGAACGCCCACGUCCAACUAAGCAACAGGUGGGGCGAUAAGGCUGGAGCGCGCAAGAGGCGUCCUUUGUAGUCAAAAUCCGUUCGCACUAGACUACAAAGACGACAGCAAGCGAACGUCGACGAGCGGAAAAUAACUGCAGGGUAGCGCACAUAGAGGGGAUAUUCAAGAGAGAAACAAACAUGGCAGCGAAACGCGAAACGCGAAACGCACGCCGUUGGGCCCAAGCCGCAGGGGGGGGGGGGGGGACGCCAUCUGGCAAUCCCAGAAAACGAAGACACGCAAGGUCCAACCGGCGACCCGAUAUAGUGCACGCAGGCACCUCCUCCAUCGUACACACUCUCCGAAAGCGCUUCAAUACACCACACUGGCAGACGGACAAAAGACAAAACACAAGACACGAAGGACAAAGAUGACGCCAGAGUACCUUUGAGGGGAGGCAGAUGAACCACCUAGCUCUAGACUGGUCUCCAAGCCGGCUGCACGAAAUUCGAACUGCCGCUCUUAAUCCCUGUCCCAGCUCUCCGCCCCCCACGCUCUGGCCUCCGGAAUAAGCCCCCCCCCCUAACCCCGACAGGACGCUUCUCAUUGCCGCCAGCAUCCGGGGCUCGACCGCCUCCCGUUCCACGCCCCCCAGUCACCCGGCCUCCCGAAGGCGCCCC